CCAAAAUGUGGCCUGAGUCACAGAUCUGGACUUGAUUCACAUUUGAGCCUCGCCCUGCUGUGCUCUCUACAGUCAGGGGUUAUUGGAAGCCUCGGUUGAUCUCAUAACUUCACUACUGUGCGGAUCGUGCUGACAUGGACCCUCAGCAGCAGCAGCCUCCAGCCCAGGACUCUCCUGGGGAAAACUCAGAAGCAGAAAAAAGAAAUAAAGGCUACUUUUCUUGGAUAUCAGGGAAGUCUGUCGCCAUUGCAGGAGGUACAGUGAUGGGAGGACUGGGUGCGGUGGCCUUGGCUCCUGUGGUUCUGGGAGCCAUUGGUUUCACCUCAGCUGGGAUAGCAGGAGGCUCCUUUGCUGCAAGCAUGAUGUCUGCUGCUGCCGUUGCCAACGGAGGAGGGGUGGCAGCAGGAAGUCUGGUGGCCGUUCUACAAUCUGCAGGUGCUGCUGGUCUCUCAGCGACCGCCUCUGCAGCUGUGGCCAGUGUUGGUGCUGGCAUUGGUGCUGGUUUUGGAGCUGCUGCAGGAAGUCUGGCAGGCAAUCCACAGGAGGAGAAAGAGAAGGCGGGAGACAAGGAAGAGAAGAAGCAGGAGGAGAAGAUGAUGAGAAAGGAUCAGAUGAAAGGAGAAAAAGAUAGUGAUGAUAAUGAUGAUGAUGAUGAUGAAGAUGAAGGAAAAGGAAAAGAAAUUGUCCCAUACUAAUUUUUUCAGAAUUUCUUAAAUGUUAUAAUGGACAGAGGUGCAUCAGCCUCUCAUUAAACAGCCUGCAGUUUCCCUAAACUUCGCAGCUAUUUCCUGAAGCUUUGUUGGGAACCUACGAGUUCAUCUGUAUGAGAGAAAAUAUGUUUCUGUAACGUUAACAGUCCAGACCUUCUCAUUUAGCAUUCAGCUUUACUACAGUGAAAAAAUAAUUUCUACCAAAGCCUGAGCUUUUUAUCCAACUUAAAAUUGAUUUCACCAUAAUCCUGUAUUCUCCUUUGUACUUUUUCCACACAGUGUUGUAAGAUUUCCAAGAAAUCAUCAUAGCUACAUCUCCUGCACAGACAGAAACAAAGCAGUGAUUUGAUUGAUUGAUAGAUUAAGCCAAAUUCUUAAACAUUAUGGAGAUAGAUCAUUAACAUAAAGCCAGUUCACGUCAUACCAGAUCAUUUCAUUUCACAGUGCAUUUGUUUGAUUUAAAGUUCUCAAGAGAACGCCUCUUGUUGAGCGAUUGCUUAGCUUAUCAUGGUUUUAAAAUAUUUUUGCAAUUAAACAAAGA